AUGAUGGGACUUGCAGCCACUAGCGUCAACAAGGGAGUGUUACAAGUAACAUCGGCUACAUGGCCCCCCUAUCAUUUUUCCCCUUCGUCCUCGCCCUCGUAUGCCUCCGGCUCGUACUUCUCUACCGACUAUCCAUUGACUGGAUCCUCGGGACUGUUCCCGUCCCUCAUCCCCCUCCUAUCGCACCAAUACUGUCCUUACUUUGAGAACGUCAGUGACUUUGAAGACAUCCGUCUUAGAAGUCACGUGACAUGCGCGUCUCUGAUAUCUGCCGACUCGUCGUCACCAGUCUCAGUCGCUACACCGGACCCUUCCGGUUACGUCACGAACGGAGCAGGCUCCACCUCUAUCAUUCAGGUAUGGAAUCACAGCCGGUACAAGUGGCGAGGUGUCCAGCUGGGAUACCUUAUAACAGUGGUCAAAGGCCAGCCAGUCCUACUUAAGAGCCCCAACAUCACCGACUGUGCCGAUCUUGACGGCUGUAUCCAACGCAUCAAUGACUCCCCACCCAAUAUACACACUCACUUGGCUGCUGAGCGUGCUGCUGUCCAUGCAGACCUGCAUAAUCACAAUAAUGCCUUGCCUGAUCCUAACAACAUUGUUUUUCAUCCUCAUGUUAAGCUCAGUACCUCGCCAUCGGAGUUGGAGGUUGAGGCUUUGUUACUGUCAAAGGGUAAGGGCAAAGCUAAAUGCCCUGCAGACAGGUUUCCCUCCGCCCUCAGCAAUCAGUCAUUCCAGGCUAAGCCCUCCCCAACAUAUUUGGCCUAUUCCAUUCCAUCCUUCGGCACACCAUCUCCACUGCCCAAACCUAAAUGGCUUGUCCAUCAUUGUGGUCCAUCCUUCAGCACACCAUCUCCACCCCCCAAACCUAAAUGGCUCACAAGUCGCCAUCGAAGUCCACACAGUCCCACAACUAGUGUGGAGUCUGGCUCCCCUCCUACUCGUCAGAAACCUCUCCACUGGGCUACUGCACGCCCCUCUACAGGCUCCUCCACCGCUCAUGCCCAUGUCUCUCUGGGCAUGCUUUCCAACUCCAUCAAUAUCAACGAUGAUGUCAAGGUCUGGCCAGGUGAUUUUUAUGCAUGUGAUAUUGCCAAGGGUUUCACACAUUGCAGGGCGGUUGGCAAGCACUGCCAAGGUGUCAGUGCCGUCUUCCAGAAGAUGUUCAGUGUUCCUUAUGUGAGCACAAUAUUCCAUGUUCACAGGAAGCGUUGGGAAGAUGCACCUGCGACAGUUACUGAUAGGUUCAUCAAGGCUGGACGCACGGAAGCUGGUCUAUGGUCGAAAUUCAUGGCAGAGACCAGGUCUUGA